UGUCUGACGUUCAACUCAUUUCUUGGGGCGUGAAACUUACGUGGUGAAUUCUGAGAAGGUGUCAAGCUGGGGUCCCAGAUAUCAAGAGAAAGAUCGGGCACUUUCUGAAACUGGACUGAGUCCUCUUGGAUGACUGCCUCUUGAUGCUUCGCCGUAAAGAGGCUGCUGCAAGUCGAAUGUCGUGAGCAAGAUUUCCCUGCAGAUUUCAAAGGUUAGACUGUGAAGUAACACUCAAGAUCACCUGACGGCAUUGGCAUUGGCCGCCCCUCCCCUCAAUUCUCUUCGAAAUACUGUUUGGACAAGGUUGCUUCUUGCUGUAGUACAUUAACGCUGAGAAAGUGACGAAAAUGGAAACCACCGUCAACACGACGGAGCUGGUCGAAUACAUCACGGACAGUCUGUACGCCCGUACAACCAAUGAUAACCUGACACUCACACAGACCAUGAUGCCGGACAUGAACGGUAAUACCACCGAUGUCCCGCCGACCAACACCUCGUUCCCAGACCCUCCCACCUUCCCCAUGAGCUACCAGGUCAUCACCACGGUGCUGGUUCUAGUCAUCUGCAGUAUCGGCAUCGUGGGCAACAUCAUGGUGGUCCUGGUGGUCACCCGCAUCAAGUCCAUGCGGAGCCCCACCAACUGUUACCUAGUCAGCCUUGCCGUGGCCGACCUCAUCGUGCUGGUGACGGCGGGGAUCCCGAAUAUUCCGGACAGCUUCUACUACGAGUCCGCGUGGAUGUACGGCCACUCGGGAUGCCUGAUCAUCACCUAUCUGCAGUAUCUCGGCAUCAACACCUCGUCCAUGAGCAUCCUGGCGUUCACCGUGGAGCGGUACAUCGCCAUCUGCCACCCGCUGUACGCCCAGACCAUGUGCACGGUCUCCAGAGCCAAGAAGAUCAUCGCCGGAGUCUGGGUGCUGACGCUGGCCUACGACUCCAUGUGGUUCUUCCUGAUGGGCACGGAGACCAUAGUGUACGGCAACGGGGCGGAGGUGCUGCAGUGUGGGUACAACCUGGAGCGCAGCAGGUACCUGACGGUGUACUUUCUGGACCUGUCUCUGUUCUACCUGCUGCCGCUCAUCGUGGCCGCCGUCCUGUACGUGCGGAUCGGCCGGGUGCUCUACUCCGAGGACAUCGCCGAGGCGGGCAACAUCGAGAUCGCCAACAAGGGGCAGACCCACGUCAAGCACAUGCAGGCACGCCGGAUCAACUCACGGAAACAGGUUGUGAAGAUGUUGGCGUGUGUCGUGGUCCUGUUCGCCGUCCUGUGGAUGCCGUAUCGCGUCCUGGUCGUGUGCAACUCGUUCAUCGACCCGCCCAACUACGACAAGUGGGUGGUGCUGUUCUGCCGCCUGCCGAUCUACAUCAACAGCGCCUGCAACCCCGUGCUCUACAACGCCAUGUCCGUGAAGUUCCGGCGGGCCUUCAGCAAGCUGGCGAAGUGCACGUCCAAACGGGACGACCUGAACAGCAUGAACUUCCAGUCGUCCAUCCGAGCAGUCACGCGGUCCAACAGGGUGUGAUUAUGUUGUGUUCAGAACCGUGGUUAUCUAUGUAUAUGUAUAGCUAUAUCAGCAUGAAAGUUCAUCUUGAGUUGGUAAAUUACAUUAUGAAAAAUCUAA